AUGGAGCAGCCCCCGGGGCUCUGCCUCGUGUUUCCCCCGCCUCCCCCAUCGCUCCGGCUCAGCCCAGAUCCCAGCGCAGGAAUUGAUGCCUCGUGGGUGCCCCGCACCCCCAGACCCUCCGGAGGGCUGGAGGGGCUGGGGCAGCGCUGGGGACCCGCGCGGGGCCACCGCUGCGGGCACGACACGUCCCCAGCACGCAGCGAGCUCCGGCCGCACGUUGGGGGCCGCGUGCUGCAAAAUCCACCCCCCCUCCCCGAGCCGCGGCGGGGGGGAGCGCCGGGGGUGCCACAGCGUGGCCGUGUCACCCAGCUGGGUCACCACCCGCCAUCACCACCCCCCACCCCACACCCCGGACCCCCGGGGCGUCCCCCGCCCCCCCGGCAAAGCCACCGCGCGUGGCCCGCGGGGACAUGGCGGGGUGCAGCGUCUCCCCGGGGGCUGCGAGCGCCCGGCCCACCGUGUCGGCUGCAUUUUCCCCGCUGGAAAAAUCCCCCUCUUCCCACAUCCAGCUGCAAUGCAGAGGAGCUCCCGAGCCGCCCGCACGCCUUCCCUGCCGCCCUGAUUGGCGGCGACGCCUCUGGAAGGGCCGUGGUAAUUUUAGGCCGUGAGCGGCAGCAGGUUGGCAUGUGCCCGCCGGCACCGGGCACGGCCGGAGGCUCCGGCAGCGCUGCCCCGCCGCCCUCCCUCCUGCCGGGAGCGGCACCCGCAGCCCGCGGCAGCGGGGAUGCUGCGCAGCGCCCGAGGCGCCCCGAACCCCGGCGGGAUCGCGGCCCCUCCCUGAUGUGGGGUGAGCACGUAAGUCCUCGGCGCCCCCCCGCCGCCCUGCCCGGCUCCGCGCUGCCCCGCUGCCGGGACCCCCGGCCGCUGCCGGCCCCGAGCCCCCCUGGCCGCGCUGUUGUUUAUCCCCACGGCCCCGCCGGCGGGCAGGGAAGGAGGGGCUGCGGCCGUAACCCUUUCGUCUGGCCGCCCGCUCAAAAUGGCUUCGUGCUGCUGCCGCCGCCAGGGAACGGGAGCUGCCAGCUGGGAGCGCCUGCCUGGAGCCGGGAGGGCGCUGGGGGGGCACCCGGCGAGACCCCACCCCAGCGGGGCACCCACGGCACCCCCGCGGGCAGCGCGGGGUCACUCUGCGCGCCCCGCCCCGAUCCGCUGCCCCCCCAGCUCCUCCCCGCGCCCCGCUUUUGCUUUUCUUCAUUUUAA